AUGGAUCGUGAGAAGCGUCGAAGUGCGGAAGACGAACUCGAACUGGAUCGAAAAAUCGCCCUCAUUCGGGAAAAAAACCUGAAACUCGAGCAACGUUUGAAAGAAGUCGAAGAGGAUCGUGUCCGCGAUCAACAACAUCACACCAAUUCGACAAAAGUUUGUGCAACCAGAUGUUAGCAUUCAAAAUCAAGUUAUUUUCAGACAUCUGCUCUAUCGAAACCAGUGGCUGAAAAGAAGUCUGGUCGAGAAUGGGAUAAGGGAAAAACUCCGUUAGUUUUAAUUUUUAUGCUUUUUAUGAGGAGAUUCGAAAAAUUUAUUUCUAUUGGCCAGAAAUCAGAUAUGAAAAAACAGGCUUCGUGUCAUUUUUGCGCCGAAAUAUAAAUUACUGUAGAUCAAAUUUUGGAAUCACAUUUUGGCCCAAAUUUUUUUCCAUUUAUUUUUGAUCCAGUUUUUCAGCCAAACAAUUCCCCAAUAAAAUAUCCAUUUUUAGAGCAUCCACGUGGCGUGAGAAUGUUCCAUCGAUUGAUUUGAAAGGAAAAUUGGCAAGUCAGAAGAAAUCAAACAAUCCAAACAUGCACAACACUAAAAUAAUGAUCACCAUCAAUAACAACAAUAAUGUGAAAAACCCCAAAAUUCCAUCCCGAUUGGAAGGACGUGUUUCAUUUGUAAAAGAUGGUGGAUCUGCCAACAGCAACUUGCCGCCACAAAAAAAUAACAAAAAGGUAUAUACCGAAUGUAAAAUAAUAUCAUAUUUCUUUGGUUAUUUACAGCAGCAGCAGCCAGUUGUGGCGGGAGGAGGAGAUCAACAGAAAACUGCUGGCGGAAAUCAGAAAAAGCGAGAAAAAAGACAGCCGAAAGUGGAAGGAGUUGUUGCUGGACAAAAUGUGGAGCAGAACAAAAAGAAGGAAAAUAUCAAAAAAAAAGAUGGUGUUGUUGUUGAAAAAGAUGAGAUUAAGGUGAGAUUUUGGAUGACCGACCUUUGCCGACAAAAAAACUCUUAUCAGAUUAUUUUUUGGAAAUGUCAAAAAUCAUUAUGGAAAUCGAAAUGUAGUUGACAGGUGUAAAUUGAUAACUUGACAAUUUUUCGAGAUUGGGAAAAAAACCUUACUGAAUUCUUUGGCGUCAUCCACUAUUUUAAUAUUUAAAAUUCAAAAUUCAAACUUGACGUCGAAUUUUGAAAACGUGGAUUUUCCAAUUAAAAAACCUAGGCAUCAUUGAAAGUUGUGUUCGUCGUUUCUUAAAACUGUUCUGAUUAAAAAAAAUUCAAGUUUUUUUUCUAGAAAACCGCGAAAAAACCACGUGCUCGCCGUGAAAGUGAUAACUAUGCUGUGAAACAAGUUGUUCGUGGAAUGAUUGACAAAAUUUGCUGGCUGGAACGUCUCGAAAAACGGCAACUCAAAAAGGAAGCUGAAGAAUUAUUAUUGAAGAAAUCGGAAGUCGAAGUUGAAGCUGAGAAAAUCCCUGAACCAGAAUCGACAGAAAAAAUCGAGGAACAAGAAAAGAAAGAAGAGGACGCUAAUCAAAAUUUGAUUACAGCUGAAAACCCGACGGUUGUCUCAGCCUAA